AUGCUGCAGUCGUUAAAGGAACAAAUGGGUAAGAAAGACAAAAAGAGCAACUCCGUUACAUCCAAACAAAUCGCCAAUAGAGACAACUUUGCUAGACUUAGUUACUUGUACCAGUUAAGUAAUCAGUUUAUAACAUCGCCCAAGACUUCUUCAGCAACAACCGCACCCAAUGAUGACUCAACUUUACAAACAUUGCUAGCACGAGGAUACGAUCGUAAUUUGGACCUACUAUCAAAACGGACAUUAAGUAAAAUAUCACCAUCAGUUAAAAGAUCCAUGUGCAAGAAAUGCCACAUGUUGCUUAUUCCAGGAAUGACAGUAUCAGUACGAAUAGAAAAUAACUCUAAAACUCAAGAUGCCAAAAAUGACAUUCUUGUGAAUAAAUGUCUUACAUGUGGUGAAUGCAAGCGAUUCCCCAUAGGUAAGGAUAGAGAAUACAUUCCGUUUUUUGAACGAGGGUAUGUUGAUGAAAAACAGAGCCAAAGCUAG